ACAAAUGAAUCAUUUGUACAAAAUAGAGAUUUCCAGAUUUUACAACAAAAGUGAAACAUAAUGCCCAGUCAGGAGAACAUUGAAAUCGGCUUAACAGCCACGCCCACGCCACCUACAAGCACAACAACUACUGUGCCUGCCACUGAGGAGCCACAAAAUGUGCGUGAAUUAAGCCAAACCGAUCAUUUGAAUCGAAGACUAUUAAAGUCGCUGCUGGAAUCCAUGCAGACAUCGGUUGGUCCCGCUGUGCAGACCAAUGAGGACGACGAUAACGAUUCUACCAACAACGAUUUCGAAGAAUAAAGUUUUAUAUUUACAUUGUCA